UUGUGUCAGGGAUUUAUGCUUCCUUUAUAAUUUGGGCUGUAUUGCAAGAAAAAGUUACCAGCGUCAGUUAUGAGGGUGAAAAAUUUAAGUUCUUUGUGUUACUCAAUUUGUUUCAAUCCCUUGUUGCAACCGUUGUAGCUUUUCUUUUCAUGUCUCUGCUUAAAAUUCCUUUUACUAAACCUUCGAAGUGGUUAAAUUUACGCCUUAUUCAGGUUUCCUUAUCGAAUACUUUCGCCUCUCCUUUUGGUUAUCACGCUCUUGCACAUAUUAACUAUCCUACUUUUGUUUUGGCUAAGUCUUGUAAAUUAAUUCCUGUCAUUUUGACAGGAACUUUGAUUUACCGGAAAAGUUUUCGCUGGUACAAAUACGUCAGUGUUGGUUUAAUAACUUUAGGCGUUGCUUGCUUUACCGUUGCUUCAACCACAGACAAAAAAUCCGCUUCAUCGUCAAGUUUGUAUGGCAUUAUGUUGGUUUUGGUGAAUUUGUUUCUGGAUGGCUUAACCAAUUCUACUCAAGAUCAUAUUUUUAAGCAGUACAAGCUUAGCAGCUGGGCGAUGAUGCUUUAUAUGAACUUUUUUUCGACACUCUUAAUGCUUCUUUAUUUGCUUGUUCCUGUGUUUCACCAAACCGAGCUUUCUGCUGGACUUUUUUUCAUGCGCCGGCAUCCUUCUGCUAUCAUUGACAUCUUCUUAUUCUGCCUUUGCGGUUCAUUAGGGCAAAUAUUUAUAUUUGGGAUGAUGCAACAUUUUGGUAGUUUGGCUCUAGUUUCUGUUACGGUUACCAGAAAACUUUUUACUAUUGUGGUUUCCUGCAUCUGUUUUUCCCAUCCAAUCAACUACGCUCAAAUUGUUUCUGUAUUAAUCGCUUUUGCUGGCAUUUCGCUUGAAUCUUUUGUAAAAGACAAAGAAAAGUGGAUCGACCGAAAGGAGAUAUGAAAAUAAGAAAUUUUACUUUGAGGGCAGAGAA